AUGUCUCAGUCACCGACCCUCACGGUUUUCUCUGGUAAUCCCCUUGAUGAUCCUACAGAGUAUCAAACAGUGAUAGGAAUGGUAUGCUUUAAAUAUGUAUUAAUAGGAAUGGUGAUGGAGAAUACGCAAGGACGUAUAUGUCAUGCGACUCAUGCCUAUCAUGAAGGAGAUGGUUGUAAACCCGACGACUGCAAUGGUUGUAAACCCUAAGACUGCAACCGAGUUUGUCAUCAAAAGUGGAAAGGAACAGGAUCGUGUGAACCACCAAAAGGCAAACCAUUGACUAGGGGCGCCUGAUACUGUACUUAUAAUUGUCAAUAUUGUGUUUUUCUUUAUCAUCCAUAAGCAAUCACCAUAUAUAUAACUUAAUAAAA